AUAGCUGCUGCCAGACACAUAGCGGGAACGGCGGUCGCGCCCGUGACAUCACGGAAGACGGGAAACUCCCCGACUUUUUUUCAUCCUCCGAUUGUACCGCAGUUCAACAGCCUUUUACCGAACCUACUUUCCACGAAAAGGAAACCAGAGUUAUCUUUAUAAUCAGCUUAAUACCAGGAUCACUCUCAACAUCAGUCGAAAUGUCCACCACGUCACAAUCUCACCCAGCAGAACCAGAGAGCGCGAAGCGCAAAGCCCCGACCGAGCAAACCUCCUCCACACCAACCUUGACAUUCACCACGCGCAAUCCCCUCUGGACCUACCUCAAACUCCAAUUAACGCAUCAGCCUCCCGUCUCCCAAUCAACCCUCACUCAACCACUCGACCCUCUCACCGCGCGCACCUACCUCUCCGCCGCACUCAACCAAUUCCUCGGGCUUUCCGGCACGGCCAUUUCGAUUGAUAUAUUGAAGAUCGAACCUUCCACCGGCACAAAUGCCAAGACAAUUUGGAUUCGAGUCCCCGCACCGGAUGCAUCAGCCGUCGUCGCAGCGUUGAGUUCGUGGGUCGGGGGUAGCAGUUCGUCGGGCGAUGCGAAUGGUGCUGGCAACGUUGCCUGGCGGGUUUGUGCCAAGGGAAACUUCCUCCAGGCGCUGGUGAAUGGUUCCGGCGCAGAUAUGUUCGUUCCGUGAGUGCCUGGAAUUGGUAUAGCUUUUUUAUGAAUUAAUUGGGCCGUUCAUCUGAGGAGAGGUCUGAACCAUCGACUCGCUGCUGGACUGCGCAUGUUAUGCGUUACCUGCCCAGGUGCUGCGGAAGCGUGCUCGGUGACUGAGGCAACAGUCAUUCCGUUUACUGGAGCUGCAUCCGUGUUCUACACCAACUGCCCGGCCAUCUCUGGGGUUUGCCUGGGUCCCAUACACACAGCGGUUCCGGCACGAUGCCUAGCGUAUGGAUAUUGAAUGGUUGCGUGGUGGGUGAACUGGUGAUAACCAUGCAACAGCCCUUCUUUUGCCGGACGGACUCGGCUCUAUGUAACAAUAGGCAAAGGGUUGUGGUGGACGUUUGGUAGAUUUGUUGAGAAGCAGUUUGUCUUGGUUGGGGGAAUCGACUCGAGCCGAGGUGUAUAUAGUCCGUUAGUUGCUCGGGGGAGAGAGAAAUAUGGUGCGAUUGUAGACGCCGGCACAAGACU